UAGCGUUUUUCGCUCCGUCGGCCACCAGAAGAAAGCCGCACCAUCAGGGAGAAACGACGCAUCACUUUUGUGCAGAAAUUUUAUACGCCAAUUUAAUCCGGGAAAAAAGUUUAGUUUUUAUCGGGAAUAAUCACCAAUCGCCCCAGUAGCGAUGUUUGAAAACGAAGAUGGCGAUCACUUCGAGGAAGAGGACCCAGAGGAAAUCUCCCACGAGCUGUGGCAGGAAGCCUGCUGGAUCGUCAUCAACGCCUAUUUCGACGAGAAGGGCCUGGUCCGGCAGCAGCUGGACAGUUUCGAUGAAUUCAUUCAGAUGUCCGUUCAACGUAUCGUCGAGGAUUCCCCGGCCAUAGAACUGACGGCCGAAGCGCAGCACACCUCGGGAGACAUUGAAACGCCGACGAGAUACGUUUUGAAAUUCGAUCAGAUUUACCUCUCGAAACCCACCCAUUGGGAGAAGGAUGGUUCCCCAUCGCCCAUGAUGCCGAACGAGGCCCGUCUCCGCAAUCUGACGUAUUCCGCCCCGCUGUAUGUGGACAUUACGAAGACGAAAAUCGUCGAAGGUCAAGACCCGGUCGAAACCCAGCAUCAGAAAACGUUCAUCGGUAAGAUUCCGAUUAUGUUGCGUUCGACGUAUUGUUUGCUGUCGCAGUUGACCGAUCGUGAUUUGACGGAAUUGAACGAGUGUCCCCUGGAUCCCGGUGGUUACUUUAUCAUCAACGGUUCGGAGAAGGUGCUGAUUGCGCAGGAGAAAAUGGCCACUAAUACCGUGUACGUGUUCAGCAUGAAGGAUGGCAAGUAUGCCUACAAGUCGGAAAUUCGAUCGUGUCUGGAGCACAGUUCGCGUCCAACUUCCACACUUUGGUGCAACAUGAUGGCCCGCGGUGGUCAGAGUAUCAAAAAGUCGGCCAUCGGUCAGCGGGUGAUUGCCAUCCUGCCGUACGUCAAACAGGAAAUCCCGAUCAUGAUUGUGUUCCGAGCGCUCGGGUUUGUGGCAGAUCGUGACAUCCUGGAGCACAUUAUCUACGACUUCGAUGAUCCGGAGAUGAUGGAAAUGGUCAAGCCCUCGUUGGACGAAGCUUUUGUCGUGCAGGAGCAGAACGUGGCACUCAACUUUAUCGGUGCGAGAGGUGCUCGGCCGGGUGUCACCAAGGACAAACGUAUAAAGUACGCUAAGGAAAUCUUGCAGAAGGAAAUGUUGCCUCACGUGGGCGUGUCGGAUUUCUGCGAGACCAAGAAGGCUUAUUUCCUGGGCUAUAUGGUGCACAGAUUGCUGUUGGCUGCUUUGGGUCGUCGUGAAUUGGACGAUCGUGAUCACUACGGAAAUAAACGUUUGGAUCUGGCUGGACCGUUGAUGGCACUGUUGUUCCGAGGAUUAUUCAAGAGUCUGGUGAAAGAGGUACGAAUGUAUGCACAGAAGUUCAUCGAUCGUGGAAAAGAUUUCAACCUGGAGCUGGCCAUCAAAACAAAGAUCAUUACCGACGGAUUGCGUUACUCGUUGGCCACGGGUAACUGGGGAGACCAGAAGAAGGCUCAUCAGGCUCGUGCUGGAGUAUCUCAGGUGUUGAACCGACUGACAUUUGCCUCUACAUUGUCCCAUUUGCGUCGUGUAAACUCUCCGAUUGGUCGCGAUGGUAAGCUGGCCAAGCCUCGUCAGUUGCACAACACCCUCUGGGGUAUGAUCUGUCCUGCCGAAACUCCGGAAGGUGCGGCUGUCGGACUGGUAAAGAACUUGGCCCUGAUGGCCUACAUUUCCGUCGGAUCGCAACCUUCGCCCAUUCUGGAGUUCUUGGAAGAGUGGUCGAUGGAAAAUCUCGAAGAAAUCGCCCCUUCAGCUAUUGCCGAUGCCACCAAGAUCUUCGUCAACGGAUGCUGGGUUGGAAUACAUCGUGAUCCGGAACAGUUGACGGCCACCUUGAGGAAACUGCGUCGUCAGAUGGAUAUCAUCGUGUCGGAAGUGUCUAUGAUUCGGGAUAUCCGAGACCGAGAGAUUCGAAUCUACACCGAUGCCGGACGUAUUUGCAGACCGUUACUGAUUGUGGAAAAUGGAAGCCUCCUGCUGCGUAAGAAUCACGUCGACAUGUUGAAGGAUCGUGACUACAACAACUACGGAUGGCAGGUGCUGGUUGCUUCCGGUGUCGUUGAGUAUAUCGACACCUUGGAGGAGGAAACCGUCAUGAUUGCCAUGACCCCGUACGAUUUGAAACAGGACAAAGAGUACGCAUACUGUACCACUUACACCCAUUGCGAAAUUCAUCCGGCGAUGAUCCUGGGCGUUUGUGCCUCUAUUAUUCCGUUCCCUGAUCACAACCAGAGCCCUCGUAACACCUAUCAAAGUGCUAUGGGUAAACAGGCUAUGGGUGUCUACAUUACCAACUUCCACGUCCGGAUGGACACACUUGCACACGUACUCUACUACCCGAUGAAACCCCUCGUCACCACCCGUUCCAUGGAAUAUCUUCGUUUCCGAGAACUCCCGGCUGGUAUCAACACAAUCGUAGCCAUUCUCUGCUACACCGGAUACAACCAGGAAGAUUCUGUCAUCUUGAACGCGUCCGCCGUCGAGCGUGGCUUCUUCCGAUCUGUGUUCUACCGUUCGUACAAGGACUCCGAAAGCAAGAAAAUUGGCGAUCAGGAAGAGCAGUUCGAGAAACCCAACCGUCAAACGUGCCAGGGCAUGAGAAAUGCGCUGUACGACAAACUGGACGAUGACGGUAUCAUUGCACCAGGUCUUCGUGUCUCCGGUGACGAUGUCGUUAUCGGCAAAACUAUCACUCUUCCGGAAACGGACGACGAUUUGGACGGAACCACCAAACGCUACACCAAGCGAGACGGAUCCACCUUCUUGCGUAACUCCGAAACCGGAAUCGUCGAUCAGGUCAUGUUGACGCUCAACAGCGAAGGCUACAAGUUCUGCAAGAUUCGCGUCCGCUCGGUUCGUAUUCCGCAGAUUGGCGACAAGUUUGCCUCCCGCCACGGUCAGAAGGGUACCUGCGGUAUCCAGUAUCGCCAGGAAGAUAUGCCCUUCACAUGCGAAGGACUUACCCCGGACAUUAUCAUCAACCCGCACGCCAUUCCGUCGCGUAUGACAAUUGGCCAUUUGAUCGAGUGUAUCCAGGGCAAGCUGGGUUCCAACAAGGGUGAAAUUGGUGACGCCACACCGUUUAACGAUGCCGUAAACGUGCAGAAGAUUUCCACUUUCCUCCAGGAGUACGGUUAUCAACUGCGUGGCAACGAAGUCAUGUACAACGGCCACACCGGUCGUAAGAUCAAUGCCCAGGUGUUCCUGGGUCCCACUUAUUAUCAGCGUCUCAAGCAUAUGGUGGACGACAAGAUCCAUUCGCGAGCUCGCGGUCCGGUGCAGAUUCUGGUCCGGCAGCCUAUGGAGGGUCGUGCCCGUGAUGGUGGCCUGCGUUUCGGAGAGAUGGAACGUGAUUGUCAAAUUUCUCACGGUGCUGCCCAGUUCUUGAGGGAGCGCUUGUUCGAAGUGUCCGAUCCGUACCGGAUACAUGUGUGCAACUUCUGCGGCUUGAUCGCGAUUGCCAACAUGCGCAACAAUACCUUCGAAUGCAAGGGAUGUAAAAAUAAGACUCAGAUAUCGCAAGUAAAGUUGCCCUAUGCUGCAAAACUGCUGUUCCAGGAGCUGAUGGCUAUGAACAUCGCCCCGCGUUUAAUGGUACUGUAGGCGUGAGGGUGUUAGGCCCUUCCUGAAGGACAUAUGUAUUAGGUACAUUUUUUAUUAAUAGUAAUAAUCAUUGAGUGAAGACAGAUUUAACUUAAAACAUUUCAAGUAAGUUACAUUACCUAUAA